CCAUGAAAUGUUAAAAGUGUGCAUUUGUAUUUCUACUUGGUAUUAGAAGGUGUUCGGAGAUUUAGGGUUUCAUUUAUACGUGGUGUUAAAGGGGUUUAGGGUUCCUGCACCACUUCUCCCCGUCGUCGCUGCCGAAACACCCUCAGCUAAGCAAAGAUGCCUUCUCACAAGACGUUCAUAAUCAAGAAGAAGCUGGCGAAGAAGAUGAGACAGAACAGGCCUAUUCCUCAAUGGAUUCGCAUGAGGACUGACAACACCAUCAGGUACAAUGCUAAGCGCAGACACUGGCGUCGCACCAAGCUCGGAUUCUAGAUGACGGGAUGCUCCUCUUAAGUCCUACCUCAACUAUCUUAUUUUCUUAGAUUUUAUUCUACUGAGGAACAAACAAUUUUGUUGUAGUUUUUUUUUAUGAUCGGAUGUAUUUGUUGCUUAAUAUUGAAAUUGCGAUGAAUUUUUGAGACAUCUAAGUUGUUCUGAUUUUAUUCUGAUAUUGAAUUCUGAAAUAACUAAAAUAUUUCUGGGUUGAUGAA